UGAGAAGUCUGCAAAGGAAUUUCCGAUGGCACUUAUCUGCUGACGGGCUUUCUUCAAAGGAAAGCGUUGUCGCAUGCACGAUGGCAUCAUGGCCGGCACCAUGGCCGGCAACACCACGAGCUGUCCUGGCAUCGCGAACAGCAUCCGGGGGAUCGCAGACAGGGCAGCCUGUGGUGUUCGCGCCGACCGCUGGAAUGGUGAGACAGCAAGCAACCGCGAUGCCCAUGGCCGAAACGCCGGUGGCUGAUGCGCAGCGCGGGACCUACGUUCCAAUGUGGACGCCGAGCUUGGCACCACCGGCCCUGCCCGCGAUCCGAGGCUGCCCCGCGGGUCUGGAAUACCUGACCAAGAUCGACCACCUACUUGUCCACCAGGUUCUACAGCCCAUGGAAGUAAUCUUCGGAGUCGACCUGCCUAACAAGUACAUCGUGAAGAACACCAUGGGACAGUUCGUGUUCAAGGCGACAGAGAGGUGCGUGUCUUCGGCCAGCAGGUUCGGCUCCCAGCGGCCCUUCACGAUGGGGCUAUUCGACUACCGCAACGACAAAGUGUUGCUGCUUGACCGACCACUUCGCUGUGACUGCCGCCUCUGUUGCUGUUGCCUCCAGAUGAAGUUCACGCUGGCGUACCCGACGUUCUCGGUGCUGGACAGCCAAAAAAACGUUGUCCUGCUGAUCGAAGGUCCCUGCUGCCCAAUGUCCAUCUUUGGUGGGGAUGUGAAGUUUGAUAUCCUAACCAGCGAUGGGGUCACCGAGAUUGGCGCAAUAACCAAGGUCUCGAAUGGAUUGUUCCGGGAAGCCUGCACUGGAGCAGACAACUUCACCGUCACCUUCCCCUUGGAUUUGGACGCGAAGAUAAAGGCCGUGCUGAUCGGUGCGGUCUUUCUUCUU